AUUUACUCAAUACAAUCCUCAAAAAGCCCGAAGCCAAUCCCUUUACCUCCUCCCCUUCUCUGUCUCCACCCACAUAACAGACACCAAAAGAGAACACCACCACCACCAAAAGCCAUGUUAACCUCGCCAUCAUCCUCCCUCCGCCACCCAAUCCUCCACCACACUCCCCCUCCCCACUCCAAAACCCUAACCCUCACCCUCACCCCAUCAACUCUCAAUUUCCAACCAGUCCAAAAACCCCAGUUCCAUCUCCACAUCAACAUCAACAGCAGCAGGCACUGUCCGGUCGGAAACCACCUCCUCUUCAGCACCAGACGGUUUUCGAACGUUGUCGCCGCGAGCAAAUCGCCGGGAGUGGACGAACAGAAGUUCAGCCAAGAAGGGAUGGUGACGGAGUCACUCCCCAACGGUAUGUUUCGAAUUCGAUUAGACAACGGGGACACCAUUAUCGGCUACAUUUCUGGGAAAAUCCGAAAGAAAUUCAUUCGAAUUUUGAUCGGCGACAGAGUUAAGGUUGAAGUCAGUCGGUACGACACCACGAGAGGUCGUAUUGUUUUCAGAUAUAAACAGGAUGACGACUCAAGCAAAAGAAAGAUGAAGAACUCCGAAAAGAAAAAUCAAUCCAGGAAGGAUCCUAUGGACUCUUCCUCCCUAAACUAAUUUAUUUGAUUUUUUUUUCCUUUUUCUUUUUAUUUUUUAUUUUUUAUAAUUUUUGUUGCAAGCGACACUGAAACAUUUGUGUUAAGCAAUGUGAACGUUUAGAAAUUGUGUUGUGUUAUGUAAUUUGAGGUUGGUCAGUGAAAUCUGUGAUUCGGAUUC